GGUCCGGGGGCCUGGCUUAUAGCAUAGAGGACUCAGUGCUGGGCCGAGCCAAUUAGGAGGCCCUGCCCCAGUGUCAGUGACCUUGGGCGAGGCCUUUGUUCUCUCUGGGGCACAUUCACUCAUCUGGAGGACACGGGGUUGGACUGAUGAUUUCUGCCCGCCCUGAGGCUCUGAUGAUCAUGAUUUUAAGUUGGGUGGUGGGGUGAGAGCCUGCUAAAUUUGUUGGUGGAGGGAGCUGUGGCCAGAGCCUGGCCUGCCAGCCCCCCUCUCAGUCCUGGGUGUCCUGCUGAAGGGUGAGAGGAGAAGCCAUGCCGGGCAGCGGCCCCAGCGAGAGGAUGACGUGGCCGGGCCCAGCCACCCCCGCGGCCCCCCCAACCCACCCUCUCUCCUCAGCCCCGGGGACACCGCCCAUCCCGCCCCUCACCCGGACCCACAGCCUCAUGGCCAUGUCCCUGCCAGGCAGUAGACGGGCCUCUGCUGGAUCCCGCAGGCGCACCUCUCCCCCCGUGAGCGUGCGGGAUGCCCACGGCACCUCUUCCCUCAGCAGCAGCAGUAACUCGGGCUCCUGCAAGGGAAGUGACAGCAGCCCCACGCCCAGGUAACCAGCCACUCCCUCCCACCCGGCCCGGCCGAGCUGGCUGGGACCUUGAGUGCCCUGGGGGUCGGGGGAGGUGGGCGUUCUAAUCAUCCCCAACUCUAGCACACGUCCCGGCUGUGUGACCUGGAGCAGGUCACUUCUCUCUGAGCCUCAGUUCCCAUCUGUAAGACGGGUAUGAUCAUACCCAGCUGCACGUA